AUGGGUGGAAGGAUUGACAACAAUGUUAACAAGGAAGGUGGACCUCCUAUUUUCCGUUUUAAUGGCCAAAACUAUCAUUUGAUGGGCAGCCUACUUCCUAAAGAACGCUCAGCACCACACUUUACUCAAUUGUACAUUUACGAUACUUCUAAUGAACUACAAAACCAUAUCAAUGCAGUCAGGGGAUGUGGUGAGCAAACUGACAUUCAUGUUGAAAUAGUCAAGGAGAAGUUAGAUAAGCAUAAUGUUUUAGUUAAGUCUUUUCGUAUUACGAAAAUAGAAAUUGAAAGGAAUCCACGUGCAGAGGUUAAAAUUGAAUUGCUUGGAAAGCGUAAACAAGAUGCGAAGACUUACAACUUACCUGAAGUAUUUGAAGUGGCCGCAUUAAUUGUUGGAGAUAUGGAUACAAACAUGGGGGAGCUUGACAUUUUAGUAGAAACUCAUAGUGGUCAAUUGCAAAGGAUUAGUGAAUUGAAUCCAUCUUAUUUGCCACUUCAAUACCCAUUACUGUUUCCUUAUGGUGAUGAUGGCUAUCGAGAAGAUAUUGGAUUCACCAUAAAGAAAACGACAAUACCUGGUGGAAGUUAUGGCAGUUUAACUGAUGCUUUGACACAUGGAGAGGUUGACCCUUCAACCCAAGGUCGAAGAAUUAUCUUACCUUCAAGUUUUACUGGCGGGGCGAGGUAUAUGAUACAGAAUUAUCAAGAUGCUAUGGCCAUAUGUAGAUGGAUUGGUUAUCCAAAUCUUUUUAUUACAUUCACUUGCAACACUAAAUGGCCAGAGGUUCAAAGGUUCCUAAAGCACAAUAACUUGAAACCUGCUGACCGUCCUGAUGUCAUAUGUAAAAUAUUCAAGAUCAAGUUGGAUGCUUUGAUCACCGAGUGUCGGAAAAACAAAUUAUUCGGAACAGUUGUUGGAGCAGAAAUACCAGAUAAAAGUAGCGACCCAACCUAUUUCAAUGCAGUUGAGGAAUUUAUGAUUCAUAGCCCAUGUGGAGCAUCUAGAACGUCUUCUCCCUGUAUGGUUAAUGGUAGUUGUUCAAAACAUUUCCCGAAGAAAUUUGUGAAUUGUUUUACAUUUGAUGAGGAUGGCUACCCUAUCUAUACAAGGAGAGAUAAUGGUAUGACGAUUAUGAAAAACGGGAUUACAUUAGACAACAAGUAUGUGGUACCGCACAAUAGACAUUUAUUGUUGAAGUACAAAGCUCAUAUCAAUGUAGAAUGGUGCAAUCAAUCCCGGUCAAUCAAGUACCUGUUCAAAUAUGUCAACAAGGAUCAUGAUCGUGUUACAGCUGAAUUCUACAAAACAAGUGAUGAAGAAGAAAGUACAAAGCAAAGUGUUAUAUUUGAAGAUGAUGAUGUUGUUGAUAAUAUAGUAAAUCGUCCAACCAUUGCACAAAGCAUCUUUAUGGAGUGGUUUGAAGCUAAUAAGAAUUUUGUAGACGCAAGGAAGCUGACUUAUGCUGAAAUGCCAACUAAAUUUGUUUGGAAGAAAGAUGUUAGGAAAUGGAAACCAAGGCAAAGAGAUAUAAAGACCGUUGAUGGAGUAGAAUUCCUAAAUUUUCGAGAUACGUGUUAUGCUCGAGGCUUAGUUGAUGAUAAUAAAGAAUAUGUUGAUGCAAUUGAAGAAACAAGGCAAUGA